UCUGAAAUUGGUCUGUUGCUUUUCCAGUUUAAAAACGCAUUUGUAGAAAUAGAUUAACGAUCAUGUCAAAUAACCAAGAAGAAGAAUUUGACGAAACGAUUCGUAAACGAUUGUUCAGCCAAGUUUGCGAUGGAGAAUCAAAACCUCCAUGUAAAGUUACAGUGGUUGGUGUUGGUAGUGUGGGAAUGGCUUGUAGUAUAAGCAUUCUACUGAAGCAUCUGGCGACUGAUUUAAUCUUAGUUGAUGUCAUUGAAGACAAAUUGAAAGGAGAAGUUCUUGAUUUGAAUCACGGCAAUUUGUUUCUAUCCAAUGUUCAUAUAGAUGGUGGCAAAGAUUACGCGUUAUCAGCCGGCAGUAAAAUAGUUGUUGUGACCGCUGGAGCACGGCAACAAGUCGGCGAAUCGCGACUAAGCUUGGUGCAACGCAACGUUAAUAUUUUCAAGCAUAUUAUUCCAAAGAUUGCGGAACAUAGUCCUGAUGCGAUUAUUAUUGUGGUUUCUAACCCAGUUGACUUGAUGACGUUUGUCGCUUGGAAACUCUCUGGUUUCCCACGCCACCGAGUGUUAGGAACAGGUACGAACCUCGACUCAGCACGAUUUCGUCACAUUAUAUCGACGAGGCUAAAAGUUUCACCGAGUAGUGUCCACGCUUGUAUUGUUGGUGAACAUGGAGACUCUAGUGUCCCGCUGUGGAGCUGUGUAAGUGUGUCUGGCAGAAGUCUCACCUCAAUUGAACCCAACAUUGGGAAGCCAGAUGGUCCUAAAGGAUGGGACAAAGUCCAUAAGGAAGUUGUGGAUGGCGCAUAUGAUGUGAUACGGCUGAAAGGUUAUACAAACUGGGCAAUUGGACUAAGCUGUGCUGAGAUGGUGGAGUCAAUACUGAAGAACAAACACAGAAUAAUGCCGGUGUCUUGCUUUGUUAAGGGUGUGGUUGGUAUAAAAGAAGACGUUUGUCUAUCUUUGCCUUGUGUGUUGAAUGCAUCUGGUGUUAGUAGCGUGGUCGAAGUCAGUCUUAACAAAGAUGAAAAGUCUGCCCUGGAUAAAAGUGCUUCUCUUAUUUCGGAAGUACAAGCUGGAUUAAAGUGGUGAACAAGUGUAUUUUCAAUAAGCAAAACCAAAUUCAUUUUCCAGGCUUUUUUCACUUUAUUACAAACCAAAAUGUAACUAAUUUUGCUAGCCCAAUUCUUUACACUAUAAAGCUUCCCUACAUGUAAUAUAUACACCAGUUCUAAGAGGGGUCUAACACUUGUUUAUGUGUUUUGUUCACCUGAGUACCCUAAUUUUGCACUUGCUAAUUAUCCUGAACUCCUAAUCACGCGUUUGAUCUGUAAUAUAUAUACACUGUAUAUCCAACUACACAAUUGUGUCACAGCUGUUUGUAACAUGCAUGGUGUAACUUAUACCACUAAAGUUCCUACAUUAUAUGGAGAUUUUGUUAAAAUAAAUGCAUAUUAUACAA